AUGCCAGAGUCUCCAAUGAACGGGAACAUUAGGAUCAUCCUACUCAUCCUCUCCAUGUUGCUCUAUCUGUUGAUAGGAGCGGCUGUCUUCGACGCACUUGAGUCAGCAAGCGAGGUGGUCAGGAAAAAUAUGCUGGAUGAGAGGCUGGACGAGCUGAAGGAGAAGUAUGACUUGGUUGAGGAUGAUUUGAGAGAGAUUGAGAGAGUAGUCCUGCAGUCAGAAGUCCACCGGGGAGGAACACAAUGGGAUUUAGCUGGUGCCUUUUACUUUGCCAUCACUGUCAUCACUACCAUUGGCUACGGUCAUGCUGCUCCACGUACCGACGGUGGCAAAGCCUUCUGCAUGAUUUACGCUGUUUUGGGCAUUCCUCUAACACUAGUCAUGUUCCAGAGCCUCGGUGAGAGGAUCAACACAUCAGUCCGUUUUUUUCUGCGCCGAGCCAAGCAGACCCUGGGGUUACAGAACACCCAAGUAUCCAUGGGCAACAUGGUCCUAGUGGGUUUGCUGUCCUGCAUGAGCACUUUGUGUAUUGGAGCUGCAGCCUAUGCUCACUUUGAAGACUGGACGUUCUUAAAUGCCUACUACUACUGCUUCAUCACACUCACAACCAUUGGUUUUGGAGAUUUUGUGGCCCUGCAGAAAAAAGAUGCUCUCCAAAAGCGUCCCCCGUAUGUGGCAUUCAGUUUUAUGUACAUGCUAUUUGGACUAACAGUUAUUGGAGCUUUCCUUAACCUGGUAGUUCUAAGGUUUCUCACUGCUAGCACUGAGAAUCCCCCCAUACAAUUUGAAGCGGCUAGUGAAGAGCGAGAAGGCUUCAGCAGACAGUCCAACCUUAGUCUACCCAUGGAAGUGGGCAGCAGCUGUAUCAACCUCAUGUCUUUCCCAGUCGAGGUGCACCAACACACUUUAUCUGCGCAUGGAGACAACUCAAGGCGAUCUGGAACCAAACCCUUCAAUAUAUUACUCUGCUGCGGCUUGGACAUUAAGAGCAGUCAUUCUCAGUCCCACUGUGAGCAGGAGGGCAGCCACAGCAACCCUGUCUUUUAUAACUCUAUUUCUUACAGGAUAGAGCAAUCCUCCUGCAGUUCAUGCUUCAUGUCAUUACAGAACCACAGCAUCAUGCACCACAGGAAUCAGCCAAGGAGAAAGUCUUUAUAA